AUGGACCCGGGGUCCGGCACCGGGCCCAGCGGCCGCCCAGGGGCCUCUAAACGGAACGGCCCGCCGCAACAACCAACGACCAUCCGCUUCGGGAUCGACCAGAUCCUGGGUUGCGGUGCAGUCGGUGGAGGAUCGGAAGCAGAUGUCCUCCUGAGGAGGCGGGGCGCAGGGCCCACCUCGGACUUGGGUCUCUUCCCCGGCGGCGGGAGCUUUCACGCGAGCCCUGCGGCAGUUGCCCGCGUCGAACCUUUCGCCUCUCUGUCCGGGUCGUUCCACGGGAUGACGCUACCGUACGAGGAACCGCAUCCGUACCGACUCCAGUUGACCCCGACCCCGGGAGAGGUGAUCCGCAUUCCGGCGCACCGGCCGCUCGGAGCCCCCGUGGGGUCCCCUUUGGGGUUUCUCCCCUGGAUGAACAGCAGCCAGCAGUUCGCCAAAGACCGGUUCGCAGCCAACUUGACGUCCUUCACCGUGGUGCGCCGUGUCGGCCAUCCUUACCAGAACCGCACGCCGCCCAAGCGGAAGAAGCCCCGUACGUCCUUCUCCAGACUGCAGAUCUCGGAGCUGGAGAAGCGCUUCUACCGGCAGAAGUACCUGGCCAGCGCCGAGAGGUCCUGCCUAGCCAAGAGCCUCACGAUGACGGACGCGCAGGUCAAGACGUGGUUCCAGAACCGCAGAACCAAGUGGAGACGGCAGACGGCGGAGGAGAGGGAAGCGGAGCGCCAGCAGGCAAACAGGUUGAUUGUUCAAUUCCAACACGACGCCUUGCACAAAAAACUACAUCUCGACUCGCUCCCUGGAGAACCGCUCCUCCGUUGCCACAACUCAGCUCUCUUCCCCGGGCAGAAGCUCCCCUCCUGGGCCUUGAAGGCCGAGGAGCCGCUGCCCAGCACUUGA